UAAAGUAUAUAGGGAAGAGAGGGUACUAAAGCCACUGUACCGCCUCUUCUGCGCAGUGGGGAGACGCUCUUUUUAAACCAUCAGUUGUUUUCAUCUGUAUCUUUUGUACAGCAGAACCUGCCAACAUGCCUACAGAUGCCCAAAGUGACGCUCGCUCCUUCCUGACGGAGGAGAUGAUUGCAGAAUUCAAGGCUGCCUUCGACAUGUUCGACACAGACGGAGGUGGUGACAUCAGCACCAAGGAGCUGGGAACCGUGAUGAGGAUGUUGGGUCAGAACCCCUCAAGAGAGGAGCUGGAUGCCAUCAUUGAGGAGGUUGAUGAGGAUGGCAGCGGUACCAUCGACUUUGAGGAGUUCUUGGUCAUGAUGGUGCAACAGCUAAAGGAGGACCAGGCUGGAAAAAGCGAAGAAGAGCUGUCAGAGUGCUUUCGCAUUUUUGACAAGAAUGGAGAUGGUUUUAUCGACAGGGAGGAAUUUGGAGACAUCAUCCGUCUUACUGGAGAACAGCUCACAGACAAGGACAUCGAUGAGAUAUUUGGAGAUUCGGAUACAAACAAAGAUGGAAAGAUUGACUUUGAUGAGUUCCUGAAGAUGAUGGAGAAUGUCCAGUGAUGACGCCAUCUCAACAUUCCAUCCUGACCCUUCUUCUGACUUUAUCACAGAGACAAACUUACAGACAACACUGUCUUCUACAUCCAGAGAAACCUCUAAAUACCACAAAACCCUGUGUCACUGAAUAUUGCAGUUGCCAUAGGAUCAAGAUGAAUUCACAUACUGUCUUGCCCAUCCUUUCGGUCCCUUCUCAUAUUAAGCCCUGGCUAUGAUAUCUAUUAAUAUCUGAAAACCUUUUAAGACGAAGGCCGCCUCUUGACGUCAGAAACUCAGCUGUCCCUUGGCAGCUGCUCAUUCUUCUAGAAUGCUACACCAAAUAGUUGUAGCCUCUCUGCUUCCUCUC